UGGCGGCUGCGAGGGCGAGACGACUGUUGAGGUCAACCACGGCGUGAAGAACGACGAAAUCGAGAUUUGGGUCACCGAGGUGCAGAUGGCGGGCCCGCUGUACGCGGGCUGCCCAGAGCAUGCGGCAAUGUGGGCGAAAGUUCUUCCUUCCAGGCCGCACGAGGAGCAGAUCUUCCGCGACGCCCAGAUUCCGCAGUUCUGCUGGACGGACAGGAAGAAGAUCUCCACCGACGGCCGCGACGAGAAGACGUCCAUCAAGUCGAAGAGUGAGUUGUCCUCGGGUGACUUCGCGAUGAUCCGCGGCGCCAUGGUCAACCAGCCGCUGGGGGAGGGCGCGCCCUCCAGCUCGGCCGCGGGCUCGGCAGGUGGCCCCAGCGGCCUCGGCUCGCCAGAGGAGAAGAGCUCGGUGCACGAGCUGAACGACGAGGAGAAAGCCAAGCAGCUCAAGAGAGCGCAGCUGGAGGCCAAGAAAAAGGCCAAGGAGGCGAAGCAGGCGGAGGAGGACGCCAAGGACCCCGAGGGCAAGGUCUGGCGCGAGAGCAAGGAGAAGUUCGACAAGGCGCUGAAGGACGCCAAGGGCUUCGCCUUGGCGGCGAGCAGCGCGCUCGCGGAGGUCCCGACCGUGUGCAAGGAGGUGGUUGCCAAGGGCUACCCUGUUGCGCUCAAGGACUGGUUGACGAAGAGCGCAGUGGAGCAGAGGAAGAUCGUCGACGAGUUCCUCCUGCAAGUCUACACGCCCAACAAGACCAAGCUCGGGGAGAUGACCCGCGACAACACGUCGUCGGCCAGCAUCGACGCGUUGACGGACAAGAUCGCGAAGGCGACCAAGGAGAAGAAG